AUGUUUUCCUUCCAAGAAAACAGCGUGGGAUUGCUUUUGGGCACGGUCACAUUACCAAAUUCAGUGCACCCGACGGUUCGACGAACAAACGGGAAGGCCUGGUGGCGGACAGAACGAGCAGCCAGGAAAGAGACUGCAUUUCAAGCCUACAAGGCCUUGCAUUCGUAUGGUUUGGUUAACGAUAACCUCUUGCCACUGACACGAAAACCAGAGUUGAGAUUUUCAGACCAGACAACUCUUCCAUCUAUCGUGCAAGCUGCGGAGCAGUAUGACCCUUAUGUAGACCUUGCACAAGGCUGGGCUUCGGGUCAGCUGUGCCAAACACGCUUGAAGAUAUGCAGCAAUGGGUCUGUAGAUGAAGAUCUGGCCAUCAGCAUAAUUUUGCCAAGAUUGACUCCGAUGCCACACCCCAUUCCUCUCUACUGGGACUCCGAGACGUCCUUUGAACUCCAAUUUGAUCCUCAAAUUUCAACCUUUGAGACAACACCCGAGAUACUGGAUCAAAUGAGAAGGAUCACAGCUCUCUAUUUGCAGGCUCCCAGUUCGCGCCAGCGGGGAGACGACCGCGACUUUGUGGCCCUCUUCAUUCCCGAUAUUUCGCACGAAUACCUGGGAGAAUGGCUUACGGUGUAUGAAGGAAAAGAGCCUGCGCUGGAGGUCUACUCGAGGAACCCAAACACCCCGCCUAUGGGUAUUGUCCGUGAUCAGUCCAAAUUCAGCGAGCCACGGAUGUUCAACAAAUGGAUUGCUCCGUCCCAGGUAACAAAGGCGUCGCCUAUUGAAGUGGAAUGCUCAUCGCUUCCUCGUCGCCGAAAUCUCCUUCAGAAACGAGCCUUGAAUGUCGCCGAAGAUGGAGAGGCAGACGCGCCAAAGAAGUCAUACGUCCUACCUGCUGUAGCUUGCGUCAUCGACAAGCUUCCAGCAAAACAGGGUCUCUUUGGACUUUUUAUCUCUGCUAUUUUGGACCGACUAGAGGCAUCUUUGGUGGCACAUCGGCUGAACGACACCAUUUUGAAAGGAGUCGGAAUUCAAAACAUCGACCAUGUCAUCACGGCCAUCAGUGCGCCCAUUGCACAGGCCAGUACAAACUAUCAAAGAUUCGAGUUUUUUGGUGACUCUGUCCUUAAAUUCACCGUUAGUUGCCAGCUCUUUUUCCGGAACACCAACUGGCACGAGGGGUACCUCUCGGAGAGCCGUGACAAGCUUGUCCAGAACACUCGCCUUGCUCACGCAGCUCUCGAUAUAGGCAUUGACUGCUUUAUCCUAACGAGCCGAUUCACCCCGCGCAAAUGGGCUGCCCCGUUGAUACGGAACAAAUUGGAAGCAUCGACCGCCAAGAGGAGCAUAUCAACCAAGGUCCUGGCAGAUGUUGUAGAAUCCCUCAUUGGCGCAGCUUAUGUAGACGGUGGAAUCCGCAAAGCGCAGGCCUGUCUCCAUCGCUUCUUGCCGGAGAUCGAUCUUUUCACGACUGAAAUCUCACCCCUCACCCUGCCACCAAGUAAAGGGGCGAGCAGUUUAAUCAACCACCACCGGUUGGCCGGUCUGAUUGGAUACACUUUCAAAGACCCUGCCCUUCUAACAGAGGCGUUAACCCACGCAUCCUGUGAGUACGACACAUCAACACAGUCCUACCAACGCCUCGAGUUUCUCGGCGAUGCCGUCCUCGACAUGGUUGUCAUGGCAGUGAUCGCAGCCCACCCCGUAGAAAUGGACCAGGGACCAAUGACAUUGCUCAAACAUUCGGUCGUCAACGCAAACCUCCUCGCCUUCUUUUGCAUGGAGCUAUGCGCCCCCGACGAACCUACCCACGUCCCACAGUUCGCCAAUGGCGAGAUCAACUUUGUCCCACACCAGGGCCAGAUCCACUUAUGGCGAUUCCUCCGCUCUCAUGGUCCUAAUGUAAAAUCCGCCCGGGAAGCCUGUCUCGAGCGGCACCAUGGUCUCCGUGAUGAGAUCCGCGAUGCCCUGGAACACGGAAGCCAGUAUCCGUGGGAGUUGUUCGCCCGUCUGCGUGCGGAUAAGUUCCUGUCGGAUAUUGUCGAGAGUGUUCUUGGAGCGAUCUUCAUCGACUGUGGGGGCAAUUUGGAUGUGUGUCGUGCAUUCGUUGAGCGUAUCGGUCUGGUGUGGUACAUCCGACGUGUCAUUGCGGAUGGGGUUAAUGUCGUCCAUCCGCGGAAUACCGCGCAGAACAUGGUGAAGGGAGCGGGCACCUUGGUCUUUAAGAGAAAGAGAGUUGAGUCUGGGGGUAUGGCUACGUAUCGGUGCUCGGCGGUGGUCAAUCAGACUGAGAUCGCGUUGGUGGAGGGUUGUGCGUCCGCCGAAGAGGCUGAGGUCAAGGUUGCUAAUGUCGUCAUUGAGCACUUGACCUUGCACCCGAUAGGUUCUACAUGA